GCUCGUAUUUGGAAUCAACUCAGCGCCUUUUAUGGCUCAAUUUGUAACGCAAGAACACGCAAGAAAGUAUGCAAAAAAUUUUCUUUGGCUUUUGAAGCUGUUCUUGAAGCAACUUACAUGGACGACACAAUAACUUCUGUAGUUGAUGAAAAAGUAGGAACUCAAUUAUACAAGGAACCCACGCUACUAUGGGGUUCAGCAGGAAUGUUUGCACGAAAGUGGCUUUCAAACUCGGUCGAAGUUCUUAAAAUAGCACCAGAAAAUGAUCGUGCAGAACAUAUAAAUUUAGAUUCUGGAGAAUUGCCUGCAAUGAAAACACUUGGAGUUGUCUGGAAAGCAAAACCUGAUUUAUUUAGUUUUCAUUCUGUAACAACCGAAGAAAAUACGGUAUAUACAAAACGAAUUUUGCUUAAAAAAAUGGCAACGUUGUUUGAUCCAUUGGGUUUUUUGGCACCAUAUAUCAUUCGAAUCAAAAUAAUUAUGCAGGAACUGUGGAUUGAUGGAAUUGAGUGGGAUGAUGCAGUUCCGGAUAGGAUUGCAAAUAAUGUUGAUCAAUGGUUUCAAGAACUAAACGAUCUCCCAAAAUUAAACAUUCCCAGAUGUUUACAAACAACCUCAACAGUAACAAAUAAGUCAAUUCAUGUUUUUACGGAUGCGUCUUGUAAAGCUUACGGUGCUGUUGCUUACCAACAAUGUUUAUAUGAUACAGAAGAAGUGACCUGUGUGAUCAUAAUGUCAAAAGCCCGAGUAAGUCCAUUGCAAUCUAUUAGUAUACCAAAACUAUCAGAACGAUAUUGGGUAAUACGAGGACGAGAAGAAAUCCGAGAUGCAGAAGCAAAAUGCAACAAAUGUAAAUUAAGAAGAUGUAAACCUGCUCAACAGCUGAUGGCCCCUUUACCAGCAAUGCGCUUUAAAGAACCACUACGUGCGUUUGCUAGAAUUGGUAUCGAUUUUGCUGGUCCAUUUCUUACUAUGCAAGGUAGAGGGAAGAUACUUCAAAAGAGAUACUUGUGCUUGUUUACCUGUUUACUAUCACAAGCAGUACAUCUUGAGAUGGCUUAUAAUCUAGAUACAAAUUCAUUCCUCAAUGCCUUUUAUCAAAUGGUCAAUAGAAGAGGAUUACCAUUAGAAUUUUUAACGGACAGUGGAACAAAUUUUGUUGGAGGAUGUCGAGAACUAAACGAAAUUGUCAACGACAUAGAUAAGGAUAAAAUUACUAACUCUACAGCUGAUAAAGGAAUCAAGUGGCACUUUAAUGCUCCGUUAGGACCUCAUCUAGGCGGUGUAUUUGAAAUAAUGGUCAAAGCUGUCAAACGUGCAAUGACUGGAAUACUCGAAAAAGCCGAUAUUACAGAUGAAGAACUCUGUACGGCAUUUACAGGUGCUGAGAGUUUAUUGAAUUCUCGCCCACUAACAUAUCAGAGUGCCAAUAUAAAAGAUGAUAUUCCAUUAACUCCAAUCUUUUUGAUUGGGCAAGUUGGUGGACAAUUUGCACCUGACUUAGUUCAAUCUAAAGGCUAUCAUCCUAAAAAGCGCUGGCGUCGAGUGCAAAAACUACUAAGUUAUUUUUGGAAACGAUGGAUGCGAGAAUGGCUUCCAUCUUUAUCUAAAAGAUAUAAAUGGAAUCAGAAAAAACGCGAAAUAAAAACGGAUGACAUUGUGUUAGUAAUUUCUCCAGAAACAUCUAGAGGACAUUGGCCUCUUGGUAGAAUUACGGGAGUCUUUGAAGGUAAUGAUGGACGUGUAAGAGUUGUGAAAGUCAAAAUUGGCGAAAAAGAAUUUAUACGACCAAUUACGAGAUGGUGUCUUCUUGAGUUUGAUAAUUAAAUGUUUGAUAGACUGGAGUCUAUCAAAGAGGGGGAGAAUGAUUGGAAGGAAAUUGAAUCAGCUUAAAAGAAAAACAACAUUCCGAUAUCACGAUCGAUAUAACUAGUAAAUAGCGCCAAUAUGGCUAUAACGAACUAAAUAACAAUUAUGUGGCGACUACUUGAACAAUAGUAUUUUUGUUAUUGAACGAAAUUUUUGUAUAAAUAGAGUUUUGUUGUUGUUGUUUUCAAGAUACAAAAAUAUAAAGAAUAUAAGUAAUAUAGUAAAUGUAAAAAAACGG